AAGGAAAAACCCCUUUAAAUAGGAAGAAACCUCUGGCAGAACCAAGCUCAGGGAGGGGCAGCCAUCUGCUGUGACCGAUUGGGGGUGAAGGGGAAAGAGAAGAAUAGAAAAGAGAACACAAGGAUUUAAUAACAUGCUGCAGUGGGAUAUAAACACCUGAGGAGUGAAAAGAGGUGAAUGGACAAGAAGUGCUCAGUACCUUCCAUGAAAUCUGAGCCUAUAGCACCAUAACUAAGUCAUCCAUCCACCCAUCUACUUCUCCUUUUCCUUUUCAGGGUCGCAGGGGGGCACUGGAGCCUAUCCCAGCUGUCUUAGGGCUUAGGCUAACCUUAAAUUUAGUGAGGGUGUCUGUCUCCAGGAUGCAAACUGGGAUUUGGCUCCAUAGUAGAGGGGUCUGAGAGCUGAAGGAUCUGCCUCAAAUUCUACUUCUAGAGAUCCUAGGAACCACAACCAAGCCUGCUGCGUGAGAGCAUAAAGUUUUCAAGCGAAAACCUCUGCAAGGAACGAAAAAGCAGAGAUAGUGGAUAGGAGCCACUAGGGAAAAGUAUCUGAGGAUCUCUCUCGAGCUCUCGACUCCAACCCUUUGAAACGGGGUCAGUUGCACACCCGAUUCUAGGCUCGUCCUCAAAUCUCAGAAUAGCCAUGGUCUUCCUACUCAUCUCCUUAGUGGUGCUGCAUUUGCUCUCCUUGGCCAUGCUUGUCAUUGCCACCCUUGAGAAGACCUGGUGGGUUUGGACAGAAUCAGAAGUCUCCAACCUCUGGCAUUACUGCAUGUAUGACAAUGCCACUGAAGCCUGGUUGUGUUCUGCUACCAAUGAAAGUGACUGGCUGCAGUCUAUCCAGGCCCUCAUGGUCCUCUCUGUGGUCUUCUCCUCAAUCUCCUUCCUGGUUUUUCUGGGUCAGCUGUUCACCAUGUCCAGAGGAAGCCUGUUCUACAUCACGGGCCUCUGUCAGGCCUUUGCAGGUUUCACGGACUUUGCCGCUUGCCUCAUCUUCACCUUCCACAGAAAGGAGAUUUUUGAUGACUCAAGAGUCUUGAACAAAGGACACUUUGGCUACUGUUUCAUCCUGGCGUGGCUGUGCGUCCCCUUGCUUCUCGUGAGUGGAGUCCUGUACAUCCACCUGCGCAAGAAGCAGUGAGCCAAGAAGAAGCUGAAGCGAAGGCACCUUAUUCAGAGCCCAAUAACCUUAUCUGUCUCUCUCUCUUUCUCUUUCUGUCCCUCUGCUCCCCAGUUAAGAGUAAGCACACAUGAUGAGGAAAUAAGAUGACUGAGAAUGAAGUGCAUCUUUAAAUGCCACAGCUCAGUCUUCUUAUUCCUGCUUCCAGUGAAUUCAAAGUUACUACAGAAUAAUUGAGUGAUCGUGUUAAUAUGGAAGUAUUUUUUUUAACACGAGCAAAUAUAUGUAUAAAUUGCUGUGUUUAAUG